AUGCCAGUGUCCUCAGAUGCCCAACUGCCAGAGACGUCCCUAUGGGCGAACAGAAAAUGUCUCCUGAUAUGUGCCACUGUGGCCAUUGCUAAUAUGCAAUAUGGGCUGGAUUCUGCUGUCAUUGGAAGCCUGCAAGCCAUGCCCGGCUUCUUAGUUGUCUUUGGAUACCCAGACCCUGAAGCACCUGGUGGUUAUGCCAUUGGUGGAACCUUCCAACAACUGAUAAGCUCCCUUCUAACCCUCGGUGCCUUCCUCAGCUCCCUGACCGCAGGCAGCUUCGCCCACUUCUUCGGGCGCAAGACGGCCCUAUGGCUGGCUUGCCUGCUGACUGCGGUUGGCUGCGCUAUCCAGAUUAACACGACUGACAAGGCGGUCGUCUACGUGGGGCGGCUAAUUUUCGGCAUUGGCAAUGGCUUCCUGGUCACAUUCUCCAAUAUAUACACGGCCGAGGCGAGCCCGGCACACCUGCGUGCGGUAAUGGUGGCGCUGUUCUCGGAAUGGGUCAACAUCGGAUCCAUCGUUGGCGCGGUGGUGACCAAUGCGACGCAGUCCCGUCUCGACAAGGCGAGCUACCAGAUCCCGAUCGGGAUCUUGUUCAUCGUCCCCGUCGUGCUGGCUGUUGGUCUCGUCUUCGUGCCCGAAUCCCCGAGGUACCUGGUCAACCGCGGCAAGAUGGAGCAGGCGAGGCGCGCCCUCGAGUCGCUCAGGGGCGGGUCGCUGCGGCCCGAGGAGCUAGAGCUGGAGUGGGUCGAGAUGGGGCAGGGUAUUGAGGAGGAGAAGAAGCUCGCGAGCACCAUCGGACCGCUUGACCAGUACCGCGGGACUGACCUGCGACGCACGUUGCUGUGCUACGGGGUGAUUAUGAGCCAGGUUGGGUCGGGCUCGUGGUUCGUCAUCAGUUACAGCACGUAUUUUCUCAUCGUCGCAGGCUUGACCGUCACCGAGGCGUUCAGAUACUCCAUCAUGAAUACCUGUCUCGGCUUGGUCGGAGUCAACUUCGGGAUCUACCUCAUGCGCCAUGUGGUAGGACGCCGGACGAUUCUGACAAUGGGCGCGGCAAUACAGGGGCUGUGCAUGCUUGGAAUGGCGAUCGGUGCGGGCAGUGUUAAUCCUGUGGGCAGCGAAACAGGAAGGAAUUGCCUGAUUGCUUUCUUCGCGCUAUACCUGUUCUCGUAUAACGCUUUCGUGGGAGAUGCGAGCUAUCCGGUGAGCACGGAAUUGGUCAGCACGAGACUGAGGAGUUGGUCGGUAGGCUCGGCCAUCAGUCUGGGAUACUUCUUUGCUUGGUUGACAGGGUUCUGCUCACCUUACUUCAUAAACCCCGAAAAUCUAAAUUGGGGAGCCAAAUAUGGCUAUUUGUGGGCUGGCUCAAACUUUGCUUGCAUGAUAUUUUUCUACCUUUUUAUGCCCGAGUUGAAAGGGCGUACGCUCGAAGAGAUCGAUGAGCUGUUUGCGGAAAAGGUGCCAGCAUGGAAAUUCAAAGGCUACAAGACAACUAUCCAGGAGAAGGCGAUGGCUGAGGUUCGGAAGCACGAGGUCUCUGCAGAGAAACGACCUAUCUCUGAGGUCGUCGAGGACGAGAAGACGAUCAGCAGCACCCAAGUUCCCGCAAGGCGAUAAAAAUCACCACUACCACCAUCUUCAUAACGGAAGAGGCUC